AUGUCUCGUUCGGGAACUACUUUGUAUGUCACUGGCUUCGGCCAUGGCACUCGAGCCCGUGACCUUGCCUACGAAUUCGAACGGUAUGUGACAUCCACACCAACUGCGGCGUUAAGCUCCCGGUUUUUCGAGCUCCACCCAACGCGCGACAAUGACGCUGCGCUGCGCUCCUUCUUCCCCCCCCCUUUCGCCUUCCCUUCUAUGUCUUACUAUGGUCGCCUCGUUCGCUGUGACAUCCCGGCCCCUCGCACCCAAUCUAGCCGACUCUUCGCCUUCGUUGAAUAUGAGAGUCGCCGCGAUGCUGAUGAUGCUUACCAUGAGAUGCACAACAAACGCAUUGGCCGUGAGGAUUUGUUGAAGAUUGAGUGGGCGCGCACUCCACCUUCUGCCUCUUGGCGCUUUGACUCUGGCCGUGAUGGGCGCCGUCGUGACCGUACCCCUCCUCGUCGCGGCCGUUCCCCUUCACCCCGCCGCAGCCGUGGUGACUACUCACCUCGCCGUGAUGACCGCUAUGAGCGUGAUGAUCGUCGUGAUGACCGUGAUUAUGAUCGCCGUGACCGCGACUACGACCGCCGUGACCGCGACCGUGACCGUGACCGCGAUUAUGACCGCCGUGACCGUGACCGUUCCCGUGAUCGCUCCCGCAGCCCUGAUGAACGUGACCGCGACCCCAAGGAAGAGCGACGUGAGGAGGACCGUGAACGCCGUGAAGAGGAUCGUGAGCGCCGUGAUGAUGAGCGUGAGGCUGCCCCCGCCGAAGACGAACCUACCGACCCGCAUGGUGCCAUGCCACCCUUUGUCCUCGGUAUCAUCGGCAAUCCAGAUGCCUGC